AUGAGAGAGGGAAAGAGGAAAGUAUUUUCCCCUUCACAAAAUAACCAUCCCCUGCUCUCUUCAAAUGCACAUGAGCUUGUUCCUUUCUUUGAGUACAAUCAUUAUGUAAACAACCAAAUUCCAGAUCUCUCCAGCUUGCCUGAACCUAGACUCUUUAGUACACAUGUUCCAUUUCAUUCAUUGCCUGAUUCAAUUACUAAAUCCAAGUGCAAGAUCAUCUAUAUAUGUCGUGAUCCAUUUGACAAUUUCAUAUCGUUUUGGUUGUUUGUCAACAAGCUCGUACCACCAUCUUUACCCAAAUUAUCUUGCGAGGAAGCGCUUGAGAGGUACUCAAAUGGGACUAACGAGUGUGGUCCAUUUUGGACACAUAUUUUGGGUUACUGGAAAGCCAACCAAGAGACACCAAACAAGGUUUUGUUUUUAAGGUAUGAGGAUUUGAAAGGAGAUAUUCGUUUCCACUUGAAAAGAGUGGCUGAGUUCAUAGAUUGCCCAUUCAAUUCUGAGGAGGAAAACAAUGGUGUGGUUGAAAACAUAAUUGAGCUGUGCAGCUUUGAGAAGAUGAAGGAAUUGGAGGUGAACAAGACUGGAAAAUUUGUGCAGAAGUUUAAAAACAAGGAUUUCUUUAGGAAAGGUGCGGUUGGUGAUUGGGUUAAUUAUUUUUCGCCUUGGAUGAUAGAGAAAUUAUCCAAAGUAAUGGAAGAGAAGUUUUCUGGUUCUGGGCUGUCCUUUCAAUAUAAGAUCUCUGAUAAGGAUGAAAUCUCUGCCAUAACAUAA